GGGAAGUGUUGAGCGUUCAACAUAUUAACUGACAUUUCAUAAUUUUUUCUGGGUAUGUAGUCUUACUUGUACAUCUCAUGCAAUUUUAGUAAUAACAAAGUGCAAGUUUCAAGUAAUUACAAAAUGCUGUUGAUUUUUGGCAUUCACUUUUCGCUGAGUUGUCACGCAUUUUCUUCCAUAUGAAUACGUUAACGUAUGAUAUGAAAUUCGAGCUUUAUGGUACUCGUACUGAUAACUUUCGCGCUCGAUUCUAUUUUUAGUGAUACGUCUCGCUAACUUAUAACGCUUGACGAAGAGAUUUUUUCCGAAAUUUAUUGAAUGAGAAUUUGUCGUGUAGCUUCUAAUUAAAAACAAAUUGUUCACAAAUAAUAAAAAAAAAUAUUAAUAAACUAAACUAAAAUGCCCUCCACUUGCGUAUUUGAGUUUGAUCGACCACAACCCGUUUACUAUAGCGGCGAAACUAUCAAUGGACGCAUUUUGCUACAUACAACCAGCGAAAAAAACAUUAGAGAGGCCUACAUCCUCUUCGAAGGCGAGGCAAAAGUGCGCUGGGAGGAAAGUCGAUCACGUUCACACGAUGGCAAAACAGAACACUACACCGAAUAUUUUCGUGCUACUGAAACCUAUUUAAAUACGAGAACAUCCGUGCAUGGCGAUGGUACGCUACAGCCAGGCACUUACACUUACACAUUCUGCAUACCGCUACCGCUACAAUGUCCCACAUCGUGCGUGGAGAAAUAUGGAAAAAUUGCAUACGAACUGGCGCUGGUGCUAAAUAGACCAUAUCGUUUUGAUAAUAUUUUCAAACAGCCGCUAACGGUAUUACAUCAGGUGAACUUGAAUAUGCAACCAGAGCUAUUGAUACCUUUAAAAAGCGAGGAUAUCAAAUACUUUUGCUGUUGGCCCUGCUCAUCGGGACCGGUGGUAUCUACACUGAUUAUCCCAUUUGGUGGUUAUGCACCUGGUCAGAAAAUCAAAUACAACCUGCAAAUAGACAAUCAAUCGACUGGAUAUGAUUUGGAGGAUGGGCUGGAAAUAAAAUUGAAACAAGUAUAUAAAUUUGUGGCACAUACACCACAUCACAAGACUCGUUAUCACACCAAUACGCUGGCGCUUGCUGAACAGGGUAUGAAUUGUUUGAGACUUUCUAAGCGCAUAAUUGAGGGUGAGCUGGUUAUACCACCCGUACCACCCACUUCGGAUACAGACUACAUUAUUGGUGUGCGUUAUGAGAUUAAAAUGUCUAUAAAUACCGGUUGCUGUCAUACUGAUUCCGAGCUAGUGAUACCCAUUACAAUUGGUACAGUGCCUUUGGCGCAAAGUGCAACCAAUCCACAAAAUGCAAUUGACAUGCUGCCAACCGCACCGGGUGCACCGGAUACACCCUUCGACAGCGAUGCACCGCCAAAUUAUGAAAAAUUUAAGCCUCCCUCCUUCGAAGAUGCCACUACUAUUAGUGGCAAAUUUAUAGACCAAGACGUAGAUGAGCGCAAUCGUACCGAUGAAUUCAUUCCAAAAUAUCCGAUGUACAAUAAUUUUGCUGUACCUACAGCGCCGGUUGUAGCACAAGCGGAUACUCCGUUAUUGCAGUCACAAGCUGGGUAUGCAACGAAUAGUGCAACACCAGAAACUCAACAGCCUUUGCCGACAACACGUGCUACGACUGGCUAUGGUUGGAACAGUUGAAUUUAAUCAAAUAUUAUUUACUCUAUCUGUGGACUCUUGGCAAAUCAACUUAUGUGACUUCAACAGGUUUUGCUUUUGGGGAAAUAAUUUCUGAUCUAUCACAGGAUAAUUUAGUAUUCUAUUCAACUUGUAUUAAGAUUGUUGCUCAAGUUGAAUUUUUAAUUGAUUAUAUAUUUCGAUAAAAUCGCAAAUCGCAAAUUAGUGCCUUACAGCAAAAAAGUGCUAAGUCGACUUAAGUUGUUUCAUCAAAAGUGCGCAAAUAUGUACCUGCAGUGAAGAGUCUCAAUCUCUGCUUUCGUUCCCUAAUAUCACUUUCACCAUAUGUACCGGUACUCUCUAUUUUAUGCGGCCUUUGAAAGGCAAAUGGUUUCGUCAGGGGUACGAGCGCUUUUAGAAAAAAUGGAGAUUAGGCCAUAUGUAUGUGUCACACACAAAUAAGCUUGAGCUAUUUAUAUAAAUUCUGUUCAAAAAGCACCCGGAAUUUCUCGUUUAAAAGAACUGGGCUUGAGAUUUUAGCUGCCAUCGACUCACCAACCAUUUAGCGAGUAGUGAAUAAAACAAAAAGUUUCUCUUGAAUCCAACGUAUGCAACUUGAUUUGGUAGCACUGCAUUAUUUCCGUUUCAGCAAACUGUUGCCUGCUUCCAUUGCUUUUGAAAGCAUUUCGCUUAAAAGUAUAUAAAAUAUAAACAAAUAAUAUUCCCUUUUAUAAUUGAAACCACAGACGUAAGGAUGUCGCUUCUGAGAUGAAUGGCUUGAUCAGUACGACAAUCUUUCCAUGAAAGAUCUGUACGUACGACAAUCAGUUCUACGUAGCCGGAAAGACUUGUAUUUAUAUCCGGCUAAGAAAUUCACUUCAGCAGCAUUCUCCAUAUAUGUAUGGAGAACUUUUAUGCUAAAACAACAACAACAACAAUAAUAAUUGCUAAACUGUUAUUACUUUCAUAUACAAACUUUUCCUUAAGAGAGUAGUAGAAUUACCAAGCGAACACAGAAGUUGUGAAUCGAAAGCAGCAAUCGUCGAAUCUCCUUUUCUUCAAGAUGGAUGCAGCUAUAGACCGCUCAUAUGUCACUUUCUAGCACUAUCUGUCGGAUAGUGUGAAUAAUAGCUUUGCAAACGAAGCAUUAUAGGUGCAUUGGACGAAGUUAGCUUAUAGAACUACGAAAUUUCAGACAGAGGCUUUGCUCGCCUAAAUUUGACGCAGCCAAGGCACGUCUACAAAAUAUCUACAUAGCAGUGAGAAGAGCAAAAACAACAAUGAUUUGUAGUUUGAUGGUGCUUGAGCUCUCUACACUACAACAAAGUGAAAGGUAAAGAAAUUUUAACAAUUUGUUUUCUAAAACAAACGAAAUUACAACAAAAAGCGCUAUUCAGCUUCGUCAAAUUUAGUUGAGCAAAGUCUCUGUAUGAAAUUUCGUAUUUCUACCAAAAUUUCAUCUGCUAAAGCUCUAAAUAUGUCAACGGUAACCUACAAGAUCCUGAUAAUGUCGCAACGUUUAAAGUAAGUCGAGCUGUGGUUGACGAUUUUCGAUUAUUGACAUUGAAAAAGUUAAGAAAAUUGUGCUCAAAAAUCAUUGGCU